CAGCAGUUCCGGGUGCACCAUGGCCGAGCCGAAGUCGGUGUGUGUUUCGGUGGACGAAGUGGUCUCCAACGGCACAGACACCCAAGACAUCCGGCUCAUGAAUGGACACUUAAAAAAGGUGGACAAUGCUCUGACAGAGGCUCACCGCUUCUCCUACCUACCCCGCAGACCAGCCGUGAACAUUGAGUUUAAAGAACUGUCCUACUCCAUCCAAGAAGGGCCGUGGUGGAGGAAGAAAGGUUAUAAGACCCUUUUGAAAGGAAUUUCAGGGAAGUUCAGCAGUGGAGAACUUGUUGCAAUUAUGGGUCCUUCAGGAGCUGGGAAGUCAACGCUUAUGAACAUUCUGGCAGGAUACAGAGAGACGGGAAUGAAAGGGGAAAUCCUCAUCAAUGGGCAGCCCCGGGACCUGCGCUCUUUCCGCAAAGUCUCCUGCUACAUCAUGCAGGAUGACAUGCUCCUUCCUCACCUGACCGUCCAGGAAGCUAUGAUGGUAUCUGCUCAUCUGAAACUUCAAGAGAAAGAUGAAGGGAGGAGAGAAAUGGUAAAGGAAAUACUAACAGCCCUCGGUUUGCUGACCUGUGCCAACACGAGGACUGGGAGCCUUUCUGGAGGCCAGAGAAAGCGUCUUGCCAUUGCUUUGGAGCUGGUGAACAACCCCCCUGUCAUGUUUUUUGAUGAACCAACCAGUGGCUUGGACAGUGCAUCAUGUUUUCAGGUUGUCUCUCUGAUGAAGGCUUUAGCCCAGGGUGGCAGGUCCAUCAUCUGCACCAUUCACCAGCCCAGUGCAAAACUGUUCGAGCUGUUUGAUCAGCUCUAUGUUUUAAGUCAAGGUCAAUGCAUUUACCGUGGGAAGGUAACAAACCUAGUCCCUUACUUGAGAGAUUUGGGUUUGAAUUGCCCAACCUACCACAAUCCAGCAGAUUUUGUCAUGGAAGUGGCAUCUGGCGAAUACGGGGACCAGAACAGCCGGCUGGUCAGGGCCGUGCGGGAGAGGAUUUGUGACACCGACUACAAGAGGGAUGUGGGUGGUGAGAACGAGCUGAACCCCUUCCUCUGGCACCGGCCUUCCGAGGAGGAUUCCUCCUCCACAGAAGGCUGCCACAGCUUCUCUGCCAGCUGCCUAACCCAGUUCUGCAUCCUCUUCAAAAGAACUUUUCUCACCAUCAUGAGGGAUUCGGUCCUGACACACCUGCGUAUCACCUCACACAUUGGCAUCGGGCUGCUCAUCGGGUUGCUCUACCUGGGCAUUGGCAACGAAGCUAAAAAAGUCCUCAGCAACUCCGGCUUCCUCUUUUUUUCCAUGUUGUUUCUCAUGUUUGCUGCGCUCAUGCCAACUGUCCUCACCUUUCCCCUUGAGAUGGGAGUGUUUCUCAGAGAGCAUCUGAACUACUGGUACAGCCUGAAAGCCUAUUACCUCGCCAAAACCAUGGCUGAUGUUCCUUUUCAGAUCAUGUUCCCUGUGGCUUACUGCAGCAUUGUGUACUGGAUGACUUCACAGCCAUCUGAUGCUCUCAGAUUUGUCCUCUUUGCAGCCUUGGGAACCAUGACAUCCCUGGUGGCUCAGUCCCUGGGCCUUCUCAUAGGUGCAGCCUCUACAUCCCUCCAGGUGGCAACAUUUGUGGGCCCAGUUACUGCCAUCCCAGUUCUUCUCUUCUCUGGGUUUUUUGUCAGCUUUGAUACCAUCCCAACAUACCUCCAGUGGAUGUCCUACAUUUCCUAUGUCAGGUACGGGUUCGAAGGAGUUAUUCUCUCCAUCUAUGGACUGGAUCGGGAAGAUCUGCAUUGUGACAAAGACGACACUUGCCAUUUUCAAAAAUCAGAGGCCAUCCUGAGAGAACUGGAUGUAGAAAAUGCCAAACUUUACCUGGACUUCAUUGUUCUCGGAAUUUUCUUCUUCUCUCUGCGCCUGAUUGCCUAUUUCGUUCUCAGAUACAAAAUCCGAGCGGAGAGGUAAAGGAGAAGCAGCUGAACCAAUGCAGUAGGGAGAUCUUUAGACAUGCAAUAGAGGGCACUUGACAUUGUCUCACUGUGGCAGGCUGGUCCCCAGUGCCCAGCCAGAUGCUGUUCUGACCGAGCCCAUGGAGAGCCACAAUGGGAUAGUGGACAUACAGUGUUAAGCCAAUCAGUCCAGUUGGGUUGGGUCAUGUUUUCAUUACACUUUCUAGCUUUAACUAGGAAGAAGAACUAGAAGGGAAUUUUACACCACAGAGUAUCAAAACCGAGGCAGUGUAACUGUAAUAAAAAAACCUGCCUGCAGGAGCUUUCCUUAUGAAAACCAAUUUCGGGAUAAGGUUGCUGGGAUAUAAGUCCUGGUAGCCAGAAUAGUAUAAUGUCCUCUCUAGUUGACAAGGUAAUGAGAUGCAAAAUGAGGAAUGCAAUGACAAUAGGAUUCUCUCAUCUUUUUAAAUCUAGAGUUUCAUCUUUGCGGAAUUUUCUAUAUAUUAUUUUGCAAUUCUUUUCCACAGAAUUACCCCUUCUGGCCAAAAGUCUGUAAAUGUAUUAAUAAGGUAAAGACAUCUUUUUAAUAUGGAUACUUUUUUAAAGCAAACCUAAAGUGAUUCAAGUAAUUAUUUUUGUUUCUGUCUGAAUUUAGAAUUCUGGUGCUUUACUUGUCGAGCUGGUCUCAUAUCUGAAAACUGUAAUGAUAGGAGGAAAAGGCAGAUUCUGAGUCUGCACUAAACCUCUGGUCCUAUUUGGAAGCAUCCCUGAAUAGCACACGCAGUUAGGCAUGUUCAAGCUGUCACUGAACGGUUGAAAAAAACCAUUAUUUUGCAGUGUCUUUUAAAUCCUUGGUAUUUGUGAUAUUCAGAAUACUAACUCUGCUCAUUACCUGUUUGAUCUACCUCCUGUGAAUAUAAAAAUCAAAGCACUCCAAGGCUCAUUUUUUUCUUAAAUUGUGAAAGCAGAAUUUGUCCCUAAAGUGAUUGUUAAAGCCUGAUGGAGUGCAAGAGUUGUCCAGAGAUCAAAGCCUGGGGUACUGUGUUAAAACACUUGUGACUGCCUCAUACAGCAGGAGUCAUUUUGUCUGCACUGUGUAGAACCCUCCUGAAACAUACAGAUGACCUUGUAAUCCUGCAGAUCUAAUUAUGCCAGGUAGUUCUGUUCUCAUCCUAAAGUCCACAUGCACAACAUGGGAAUCAAUAGCUACUUCAUCUAAACAUCAAUGAAACUGUUGUUUUGUGUAUCUCAGCUGUGUAAAUUUGGUAGGGGGAAUUCUGGUUCCAAGCUGAUGUGAAUUUUGUCACCAAUUUUGAUGGGUUUGGAUUUUCAAAUCUUAAGUGGAACCGUGGGGCCCAUACUCGUGUUGGACACCUUGGUGAACUUCAGUGCAAAUUCCACCACCUUCUGCCAUUCCUGUGAACUUAUCUUGGUGUCCCAAACCUCUGAGUGAGACCCACACUCUCUGUAAAUGUAUUAUUCCUGUCAGGAUGCUGAAGUCUUGUAGGUUGGAAGCAGCUCAAUGUCAGCAAAACAUGCAGGAGCUCAACAGCUCGUGGCAGUAGAGUAGAUAAGAGAGACCUCGUGCUUCUGCUGGCCCCCUCUGUUUUCAGAGACUCCAUGGCUACGUCUGUACUAGUGAAAUAAAUAGUGCCAGGGCCAGCUCUGUUAGUCCUCAAAUGACUGGGGCUGAUAGGAAUGGUCCCUGUACUGACUUCUAAACAGAGCCAUUGUCUGGAAAAGCUCUGGCUGUGCUGUGCUGCAGCUCUGCCAUUGUUUCCCAGUUUUCCUGGCCUGUGCCCAGGCUCUGUUUAAUUUACCAAUACAGACCAGGUAUAUCUGUUAAACUCAGGACGUUUGAAUUAAACCUGUGUUCUGGAAGACUUUAAAUCGAGUCACAUAUUUCGGGAAGGUUAGCUGAACCUUCCCUGAAAGUAAGAUUGGCCUUUGAAAGCAAGGUCAAUCUUCAGUGUAGAAGAAAACCAAAAUCCUUUCACAACCUCUUUGCAUAUUUUUUGUGGCUGUUUUUUCUCCAAAAUCUUUCGUACAGCUCUGCAGCUUUUCCAGGCAUAAUCACAAGCAGGUAUGGAACUGUAUGGCUGUCAGAUUUGAGAAAUUAAGAAUUUUAGCUAUUCUAAAUAAUACUCAUAACUGUGAACAGUUUGUAAAUAAUUCACAAGUCUGAAAUCCCUCGGCACGACGUGCCUUGAUUAUUUCAAGACCCUCAAAGUGUUUGUGAAUAUUUUACAGGCAGUUCAAACGCUGUUUGCAGGCAGACAAAAGAAUACAUUUGCCAAAUGACUCUUUGGUUGCACACUGUUGGUCCAGCUGCAGGCUGGCUGAGUGUGAGAGAGUUGUGACAUCCAGGGCAUUGAACACCUUCAGGGCUCAUGUGUUGUGUUUACCAGCACCAUUUACCAAAUACCACACUGAAAAUCCCUUGCAGAGUUCCAAAGGAGGUCACUUUGCUGACCAUCCCAACACCAGUGAUACACGAUGCUGUUUUCUCCCAUCCAGACCAGUUUAGCAGUACGAGUUCCCUGGAUGCUGUCUUGUUAUCUGUGCCUGUUCCUCUGUCUGUAGACCUUCUUAUCUUACCUCUUCAGUCUGCAACAUGUCCUCCUGUACUGUAACUUUGUAUGUGUUAUGGUAGCCAAAAGUCUGGUCCUGGCGGGUGUUCCUAAUAAGAAAAUGCAGGCUCUGGAAUAUUUUUUUGUCUCUCCUUUUUUUGUUAGAUGCGCUUUUUCCCAGCCAUCUACUGACAGCACUUAGCUGGAAGUUACUAUUCUAAGGAAAACUUUCAGACUGUAGUAUCCCAGUAAAGAAAUAAUUCUCUGGGAACUCAGUGGUACUCAUAGAUGAGGUAAUUGUUCCUUCCCUCCUUAGCCUGCAAAUUAACUAAUGAUCUCUCUUUUGUCGCUACUGCGGGGCAGAAGUAUUUAAAAUCCAUCCCAAUUAUGUUUUCAUAUACUGCAAAGAUUUUUAACAUAGUCUCAGGCUGGCUUUUUUCUCUUCAUGUGGAAAUAAAUUCUAGCAGGCUGGUAUAAAAUGCAUUCCUGUUCAUUCAAGGCUGAGCAUUCAUGUGCUGUUGUGUUAAGCAGCACAUUGUGAAGCUCUGGAGGCUUCACGUGGAAGAAUAAUAAGGCCAGCAAGGUUCUGAAGUCUUCAAAUCCUCAAUUUGUAUAGCCAUGUAUAAAGAGCCAUAAACAGUUUGAAAUCAAUGCCAUUUUCACCAUUUGAAUCAGUCACAGUCUGACUAAAAGUUGCAUAAGAGGCUAAAGGUUUCUAAAGGUCACUUGAAGACUGAAUGUAUGAUUUCUGUUUGGAUUGCAGGAAGACUCUAGUGUCCUGUUGGCCUCCUUAUUAUAUUUUUACUUGUUUUGACAUGUUACUUUGGUUACUAUGUGCAUCAGUUAAGACUUUAGGUGCUUCAUAUUCUUUUUGUUGUUUUUUCUUUAUGGAAAACUUGCGUAUAAUAUGAAACACCUUGGAAGAUUUUAAAAAUUAUUUGAAACAUUAUUAUUUACAAUUAAAUAAAAGAUUUGGAAAGCAGAUUCUACCCAUAAGAAAUUGAGAAAAUUUCAUCUUUAUAGGUCAAAGGGAGUAACAGAAGACUGGUGCUGAAAUGCUCUUCAGUUCUUAGAAUUUGGAGCCCAAGUUAUUGAUUUUUGUUAAAAGAGAGGAAUAUGUAGACAUGUAAUAGAAGAGCUGGUUAUGUAAGUGGGAGAUAAUGAACACUUGAGUCCAAGUACUGGAUGUAUCAGGUGAUGCUUUUGUGUCAAAGCCUGUGUUGUCAACAGAAAUGAGUGUUUUACGAAACAUUUUUUCUGGAAAUAAGUGUGGCAUAUACUGACCUGUGCCACCCCAGUGAUCCUCACAGAGGAGAUCUUACCUGUCCUCUUUACACAACACUAGAUGGAUGUUCUUGAUUCUGAGGA